AUGGGCCAGGGGCAGCUGCAGGGGGGCCUGCUGUGGAGCUACCUGGGUCAGGGCGCGCUGGUGGGCCCCUGCGACCUGGAGAGCAGCCUCCACAACCCAGCGUUCAUGGAGUACACCUCGCGGGUGUUCGGAGACGUCACCGUGGUGGUGCGGGAUUGUCCCAGCUGGGACUUGUUGGACAGCGACUGGACCAGCGUGCGCAAAGUUCUGGAGCAGGCAGACAUCCUGGUCAUUAAGUAUUCAGUCACUGACAAGCUGGCGUUCCAGCAGGUCAGGAACGGCUAUGCCCCGAAACUGCGCCCGCUGCUGAGGCACUGGGGCGUACCAGUCAUCCUCGUUGCCGUCGGAGCGCGGCUGAACGACGAGGGUCCCCCCUGUACGUGUCCGCUGUGUGCGUCGGACUGGAGCAGCUGUGUGCCUCACAGUGAGGGUCUGCAGCUGUCCCGGGACCUGGGGGCCACCUACCUGGAGUUGCCCUCUCUCAAUCACGUCUUCGUUGGGCGCUACUUUGGCAGCGUGCUGGAGUAUUUCAUGAUCCAGUGUCUGAAACACAAAGCCAAAGAGAGGCCGGAGAAGAGGCGAGGAAACAAAGUGAACGAUCUUCGCCCCCCUCACUUAGAACAACCAGCUCGUCUUCCUCCCAUCCGUGUGGAGGAGUCCAGCUUCUCCCAGGACAUGCAGUGGCUGCUGGAGCGUGGCGUGCAGUUCGCGGACGUGGCUUUCUACGCCGGAGAAUCGGGGAAAGAACUGGGUUGGGCCCACGCGGCUGUGCUGUGUGCUGUCAGCCCAUACUUCAGACAGCUGCUCCUGGGACCUAAGACCAGAGAGCGGGAUGGAGGCCCCCCCUCACUGCUCUCCACCUGGGACGGGGGGAUUAUUGAUGACAUGCCACGAUCAGAGGGGCACCUGACAGGACGACUCUCCCGGCUGGUGGUGAAGGACCCCCUCCUGUGUAUGUGCUUGUGGGAGACGCUCAUGUUUAUUUACAGAGGAGCGUGGGAGUGGGAGCACCUGCAGGAGGCCCUGGAAGAGAAGCUGAAGAGCUCGCAGGCUGUUGCUCAGCUUAUGGAGCGCAUACGAUCCCUCAUCGGGAAAGAAAGGGGCCCCAGGGAUACCCCGAGCGCGCGGGCAGCUCAGCUCGGCCCCCAGACGCUCGUCAACCUCUUCAAUUCUCCUCUCUACUCAGAUGUCAUCUUCAUGGUGCAAGGGAGCGUGUUGCCGGCCCACCGGGCGGUGCUGGUGGCGCGCUGUGAUGUCAUGGCGGCGAUGUUCAGUGGAAAGUACGCAGAGGCCCGAAGCCGAGUGGUGCCCAUCCACGGAGUCUCCUCAGAUACCUUCCUCUCCUUCCUGGAGUACCUCUACACUGACUCCUGCUGUCCUUCCAGUGUGAUGCAGGCCAUGGCCGUGCUGGUCUGUGCCGAGAUGUACCAGGUGAAACGUCUGCAGCACCUGUGUGAGGUGUGCGUGUGCGCGUACCUACAGAGCAUGCCCAGUAGAGAGCUGUCGUCCACAGGGAUCAGCGUGGUGCGACUACUCCGCAGAGCAAAGUGCCACAACGCAGAGCAGCUGUACGUCUGGCUCCUGCACUUCAUCGCCAACAACUACCUGAUCUUCAGCCACAAACCGGACUUCCUGGAGCUCUCAGAUGAGGAGCGGGAGCAGGUGGAGAGGCUACGCUGGCCGUCCAGAGGCUACCUGCAGGAGCUCAGCGAGUACCAGCAGCGGCGACGCAAACUACGCAAGUCCCGCUGCAUAGUCAUGUGACCCCAGCACGCUGGUUCCAGUGGCCUGUUGAGAAAAGC